AGGAUGGUUCAGCUCUCUCUCUCUCUCUCAAUUACUUCGUAAUAAUUAGGCCCAUACAUGCCCUGUUUGAUGAUGCCUAAGUACUAACCGGAAGCAAGAAAAGUAGAAAACCCAUCCUCCAUUUCCUUUCCUUUCAACAAUCUUUCUUCAUCAUCAGCAGUAGUAUUGUAGAAGUAGCAGAGGAGGAGGAGUGUUGUUGUUGUUGUUGUCAGAGAAUAUGAGCUUUCAACCCCGAAAUGAUCGAAGAGACAACAACAACAACAGGUCGUCUAGAUUUCCCACCCAGAAGUGGGUUCCGAGAGGAGCUAAUUCUAGUCCUGCGGUUGAUGCAAACACCAAACCGCCUUCGAGUUCCAACUCUAGAUGCAAUGGAAAUGGUGGGGGUGGUGCUGCUCAUGGGUGGUCAGGAACAGCACAUCAUAGGUAUAAUAAAGGUGGUAUGGCUGUGAAUGCACCUAGAGGUCUUGUGGGUCGGCCUAGGAAGGGGAUAGAGAGGAGUGAGAAGACUCGGGAAUUGAAUGACCCGAAUUUGCCGCAGCUUGCACAAGAUAUUCAGGAGAAGCUUGUGAAGAGUACGGUUGAGUGUAUGAUUUGUUAUGAUAUGGUUCGGAGGUCUGUGCCUAUUUGGUCUUGUUCGAGUUGUUUCUCGAUUUUUCAUUUGAAUUGUAUCAAGAAAUGGGCUCGUGCCCCGACUUCUGUUGAUUUGAUUGCGGAGAAGAAUCAAGGUUUUAAUUGGCGGUGUCCGGGAUGUCAAUCUGUGCAGCUUACGACGUUGAAUGAUAUUCGGUAUGUUUGCUUUUGUGGGAAGAGGAGGGAUCCACCUUCGGAUUUGUAUUUGACUCCUCAUUCGUGUGGAGAACCUUGUGGAAAGCCACUUGAGAAGGAGGCUCCUGGUGCUGAUGGGAGUAAGGAGGAUCUUUGCCCUCAUAAUUGUGUCUUGCAGUGUCACCCUGGGCCAUGUCCUCCUUGCAAGGCCUUUGCUCCACCACGCCUGUGUCCUUGUGGGAAGAAAAUAAUCACAACAAGAUGUGCUGAUCGGAUGUCUGUUGUUACCUGUGGACACCCAUGUGAUAAGCUUCUUGAAUGUUGGCGUCAUCGAUGUGAGCGGAUUUGCCAUGUUGGUCCCUGCGAUUCUUGUCAGGUGUUGGUCAAUGCUUCAUGUUUCUGCAAGAAAAAGACGGAGGUUGUUCUGUGUGGUGACAUGGCAGUGAAGGGAGAAGUGAAAGCUGAAGAUGGUGUUUUUUCUUGCAAUUCUACAUGUGGAAAGAUGCUGGGUUGUGGAAACCAUAUGUGUGAUGAAACUUGUCAUCCAGGUCUUUGUGGCGAUUGUGAGUUAAUGCCUGCCAGGGUCAGGUCUUGCUAUUGUGGAAAAACAAGUUUGCAGGAGGAAAGAAAGAGUUGUUUGGAUCCAAUUCCAACAUGUACACAAAUAUGCGGCAAAUCACUUCCUUGCGGGAUGCACCAAUGUAAAGGGGUGUGCCAUUCUGGGGAUUGCGCACCUUGUUUGGUUUCUGUAACCCAAAAAUGCCGUUGUGGAUCAACCUCUCAAAUUGUGGAGUGUUACAAAAUUACUUCAGAGAAUGAAAAAUUCUUGUGUGAGAAGCCUUGUGGUCGAAAGAAGAACUGUGGAAGGCACAGGUGUAGCGAGCGAUGCUGCCCUCUUUCCAACAUUAACAAUCAGUUCUCUGGUGAUUGGGAUCCGCACUUUUGUCAAAUGGCCUGUGGGAAGAAGUUAAGGUGUGGACAGCAUUCUUGUGAUGAUCUUUGUCACAGUGGCCAUUGUCCUCCUUGUCUUGAAACAAUUUUCACUGAUUUGACAUGUGCGUGUAGGAGAACUUCCAUCCCUCCUCCAUUGCCUUGUGGUACACCUCCCCCUUCAUGUCAGCUCCCAUGCUCAGUCCCUCAGCCUUGUGGCCAUCCAGCUUCUCAUAGCUGUCACUUCGGAGACUGCCCAUCUUGUUUGGUGCCUGUAGCUAAGGAGUGUGUUGGUGGGCAUGUGAUUCUCGGGAACAUACCCUGUGGGUCAAGGGAUAUCAGAUGCAACAAACUAUGUGGUAAGACAAGGCAAUGUGGUCUGCAUGCAUGUGGAAGAACUUGUCAUUCACUGCCUUGUGAUACCUCAUCUGGAAACGAAACUGGCACGAGAGCUUCUUGUGGGCAGACAUGUGGUGCCCCUAAGAGAGAUUGCAGGCAUACUUGCACUGCACUUUGUCAUCCUCAUGCUCCUUGUCCUGAUGUCAGAUGUGAGUUCCUUGUCACAAUUAGUUGCUCUUGUGGCAGGAUGACAGCAUCUGUUCCUUGUGAUGCUGGGGGGAGCAAUGGUGCUUAUAAUGACACUGUUUUAGAAGCUUCCAUUCUCCACAAGUUGCCAGCAUCUCUUCAACCAGUGGAAUCAACUGGAAAGAAGAUUCCUCUUGGCCAAAGAAAGCUUAUGUGUGAUGAUGAAUGUGCCAAGUUGGAGAGGAAAAGGGUUCUUGCUGAUGCUUUUGAUAUCACCCCUCCUAAUCUGGAAGCUCUUCAUUUUGGUGAGAAUUCUGCAGUGACAGAGUUGAUUGGUGAUCUGUACAGGCGUGAUCCAAAGUGGGUGCUUGCUGUGGAGGAAAGGUGCAAAUAUUUGGUUCUUGGCAAGAGCAGAGGAACCACUAGUGGUCUUAAGAUUCAUGUUUUUUGCCCUAUGCUGAAGGAUAAAAGGGAUGCAGUUAGUCUGAUUGCUGAGAGGUGGAAGCUUGCAAUUUAUUCUGCUGGUUGGGAACCAAAGCGUUUUUUUGUAGUUCAUGCUACAUCCAAAUCCAAACCUCCACCUCGUGUGAUUGGGAUUAAGGGUACGACAACUUUAAGUUCCCAUCCACCAGUUUUUGAUGUUCUUGUAGACAUGGAUCCCAGGCUUGUUGUAUCUUUUCUAGAUUUGCCGAGGGAGGCAGAUAUAAGUUCACUGGUCCUUAGGUUUGGUGGGGAAUGUGAAUUAGUUUGGUUGAAUGAUAAGAAUGCACUGGCUGUAUUCAAUGAUCCUGCUCGAGCAGCUACUGCUAUGAGAAGGCUGGAUCAUGGAUCAUUAUAUCAUGGAGCAUCUGUGGUUCCUCAAAAUACUGGUGCAUCUGUGGCAUCACCAGCUAAUAAUGCCUGGGCAGUGGCAGGGACUGCAAUGGAAGGAACAGUUGCAGCUUUGAAGGGAACUUCGUGGAAGAAAGCUGUAGUGCAGGAGACUGGUUGUAAGAAAUAUUCAUGGAGUGGUGAAGAGUGGUCUGAUGGUGGUUCUGCAGAUGUUCAGGCUUCUGCAUGGAAAGGGAAAGAAGCUCCAAUUGUGGCUUCGAUUAACCGAUGGAGUGUCCUAGACUCUGAGAAGGCUGACAGUUCAUCUGCUGCCUCUGUCAAGAUGGAAGAUCCCGCAAAACAAGUUGCAGGAAGCCUUUCCAGUUCAGGUUUGGAAUCAAAUGCAAGCACUUCCAGUGCAUCAAGGCAGCCUGCAAUGCAAUCUGGAGGAGUUUCAAGAGAAGAAGAUUUAUCUGUGGUGGUGGAUGAUUGGGAGAAGGCUUAUGAUUGAGAAUGCUUCUAGGGUAAUUGAUUUUUUGAAUUUUGACAGGAGACGAGUACCUUUUGGUCUACACCUCACUUUAUAUUUUUUGCAGGAGUUUUUUUUUUCCCUGUUAUGAAUAGUUAUAUCUUCCAUCAGUAUUGAUACUUGAUGGUGAGUGACUUAAAAUCCCAUUAAUUUGGGGAAAGAGCAUACAUCUCUACUGCAUGUAAGAGUACUUGCAGUAUAGAACUUUGUCUAAGAAAAUUCUGGGAAAGAAUCAUUGCUGCUUCGUCGGUGGGUUUUUUCAGAUUUUUGAGGAAGGCAUACUAUGUGUACAGAGCAGAAGUGACAUCUCCCUAAUUUUGAUUCCAAUGAGAUAUUUGCUCUGUUUUGGCAA